UUCAACAAAUAUUUGUCUUCUUUCUGAUACCAUUGAAGUCGCUCACACUGAAGUUUCUCUGUGCAGUGGUGAGUUAAAUAAAAUACUUUUAAAAUGUCCAACAGGAACAGGUUACUGGUGAAAGGCGCCGAGCAGCUGGUUCUGAUCUGCAGCCAACGACAGAAGUUUCUGACCAGGCAACAGAUGACACAACUGUGUGUGAUCCAAAACGGGAGCCUGGUGAUCGGAAGUGACGGUUUGAUCAAAGCGGUGGGUCCUGCAGAAACCAUCAGGGCUCAGUUUUCUGAAGCGGACUUUGAUGAAAUCAUUGAUGCGUCAGGAAUGUGUGUGCUUCCUGGACUGGUCGAUGCUCAUACUCAUCCGGUCUGGGCCGGUGACAGGGUUCAUGAAUUUGCAAUGAAGUUGGCAGGUGCCACCUACAUGGACGUCCACCGAGCAGGCGGCGGAAUCCACUUCACCGUGGAGCACACUCGGGCCGCCUCAGCCUCCGACCUCCUGACCUCCCUGCGUGGCAGGUUGGUUCGGAUGCAGCGGGCAGGAACCACCCUGGUGGAGUGUAAGAGCGGCUACGGCCUGGAGCUGCAGACGGAGCUGAAGAUGCUGCAGGUGAUCGAGGAGGCCAGAAGAACCCUGCCCAUCAACAUCUCCUCCACCUACUGUGGAGCUCAUGCGGUGCCCAGAGGGAAGACCAUGGAAGAAGCCACGGAGAACAUCCUGGAGGUCCAGCUGCCCAGGCUGAAGGAACAAAUGUCCGCUGGGAACCUCAGAGUGGACAACAUUGACGUGUUCUGUGAGCAGGGAGUGUUUGACCUCAGCUCCACCCGCUCCAUCCUGCAGGCCGGGAAAGACAUCGGUCUCAACAUCAACUUCCACGGAGACGAGCUCCAUCCGAUGAACUCUGCUCAGUUGGGCGCAGAGCUCGGUGCUCUGGCCAUCAGUCACCUGGAGGAGGUCACCGACGAGGGAAUCGCUGCCAUGGCGGAAGCAAAAACUGCCGCCGUCCUCCUGCCAACAACGGCCUACAUCCUCAGGCUUCCUCACCCUCGGGCUAGAGACAUGCUGGAGGCCGGAGUCAUUGUUGCCCUGGGCAGUGAUUUCAACCCUAACGCCUACUGCUGCUCCAUGCCAAUGGUGAUGCACCUGGCCUGUGUCAACAUGAAGAUGUCCAUGUCUGAGGCUCUGGCUGCAGCCACCAUCAAUGCUGCCUACGCCCUUGGGCGCUCCGACACACACGGGUCACUGGAGGUGAACAAACAUGGAGACCUGCUGGUUCUCAACAGCACACGGUGGGAACAUCUGAUCUACCAGCUGGGAGGACAUCAGGAUAUCAUCCGUUAUGUCAUCAUCAAGGGGAACAUUGUCUAUGACAAUGAUAAGACCAUGGGCUUGUGAUCCAGAACAUUCUACUGAGCCACACACGCUGGAAUUACACAUUUUUUAAAAUAAAAAUUUCAAGUUAAA